AUGUCAACCUCCACCCGAGCCGAUACGGCCCGCACGUCCGAUAACUCCCAAGCCAACGCUCAGCAAAGCGCGGCCUCGCGCCAGAGGACCGCCAACCAGUCUGGGCUUGGUCAGCAGCAGGAAAUAAGUCGAUGGAGCCCAAAUACCUCAAGCCGAGCAACGAGCACUGUUGGAGACACCGCGCAGGGCCCAUCCCGCAUGCAACACUCUGCUGGUAGCACUACUGCCACCCGCGGUUCUCCUACGAGCAAUACGACCAGCAAUAUUUCAAACAAAGGCAAUGUUGAGGCGGCAAGGGAAAGAACACUAUCUGCCUUGGAACAUGGUGCACAAUUUGCACCGGACUCAGAAAGGAAUGCUGAGACACUGAUUUCUGCUGUAACCCAAAACCCUCAAGCAGCUCAACAGUUGAGCAGCAGUGGUCGUCACGCACAAGAUAGAAGGAGAUAA